AACAGACAUGGAAGCACCAGGUGAAGACCUCCACAGAGGCUGAGCACUGCACUCGCUCUUUCCCAUCGUCUUCUGUCUCUUUUGCCCGGUGCAUCCAUUUGAUUUGUAUCUGCCUGGUGUCACGUCUUCGUCUACAGAAGCCAGAGCCUGGACUUCCGCUCCGGUGUGAUUGUGUGUGGCUGUCAGCGAUCACCGAAACUGAUGAGGAUUGGCUGAUUGAGUUACAAAAAAGUUCCCUUUUUUUCUUAUUUUGCUAAGGGCGGGUACGGUGAAUUAACACUCGUUUGCCGUGUCAAUCAGUAAAAAGUCCUCCUAUCCCGAGCGCGACCAACGCUGACUCUUGUGUUGUUACAUUGUAGCGGAAAGAAUGUCGGAAAGGGCCGAGGAUGACGUCAGGGGGGAGCAGCGCCGAGCGGCCAGGCAGCAGCUGAAGCAGCAGCAGAUCCAGCGGGGAGAAGGCUCCACAGCAAUGGCGACUGUUGUGGAGCGGAGAUCAUUACCUAGUCCAGAAAUAAUGCUGGGACAGCCUUGGAGCAACUGGGUCGACGCCGCUAAACUCCACGGCAACGACGGUGCUGAAUUGGAAGAAAGUUUCAAAGACUACGGGAAAAAUCGAGAAGCCAUGCGUUUGUGCAGAGAAGACAUGCCCAUAUUUGGCCAGUGUCCCGCACAGGACGACUUCUACCUAGUGAUGUGCAGCCACUGCAGCCAGGUAGUCAAGCCCCAAGCCUUCCAAGCACACUAUGAGAGAAGACACAGUUCUGCCAGCAAACCAGCCUCCACCUCGCCCUUUCCCGUGUCGGGCAGGAGCAGGAGCAGUGGAAGCGGCAUCGGGCCCGGGUUGGGCUCGGGGUCUGUAGCAGGAGUGGCCAGUGCGAACAUCCUUGGCCGACCUUCCACCGCUGGAUCCAAUUUAUGCUCCUCUACAAUGUCGUCGUCCUCCUCCAAUCCCAAACUCCCAAAACCAGCCAAAGACAAGCUGCCAGGCAUUCAGCGAAGACCUCCCAUUCCACCCUUCAGGAUGCUACCGCCAGACAAGAUCCUCACUCCGGCUGUCAAGGUGGAGAAGAUGCAUCUGAGGGUGGACUCGUCAGCUAAGCUGGUGCAGGCCACAUCUGCCCCCGCCACCACUUCAUCCUCCUCUACAUCCUCCUCUAGCACCACUGUGAGCUCCAACACUACCACCAUCACAACCUCCUCCUCAUCAUCAGCCCUUAAAACAGGCCUUAACUGUCCCUCCAUACCAAAGCCUCCAUUACUGGCCCCAAGUCAGAUUCCCAACGGCAAGGGCCACCUCUCAGUCCUCUCAGACAAGAAGCAGGACAUCAGCAGCAGUGCCAGUAGCAGACGCCACAUUAACAAGAAAGUUACAGAGCGAGAGUUCAAUGCAGAUAUCCACUGUGGGGUUGUGGAUAUUACAGCUCGGAAACCAUGCACAAGAUCCCUAACAUGCAAGACACAUUCCUUAAGCCAGCGGAGGGCAGUGCCAGGGCGGAGGAAGCGCUUUGACACGCUGCUGGCCGAGCACAAGAACAGAACGAGGGAGCGGGAGAGGGAGAGAGAACUCCAACAACCCCAUUCCCAGCAAAACCUCUCUCUCAGGGACCCACACCCCACCUCCCACCUUGCCGCUGCCCAUGAUGUCCACCAGGUUGCUCAUGGCAACGGCCCUGCCCCAGACACCACUAAGCCUUCGCCACUCAGCAAACCCAAAUUUCACAGCCCUGGUCUUCCUCGACUAAACAGUAGUCACGGAGGUGGUACCCCUGGAGACCCUGCUGUAGUCCAAGAGUCACCUCACCAUCCCCAAAGUACCCCUGAUGGUUUUUCCCGACCCUCCAGUGACGAAGGAGAGAACGAGGAACGGGAGGACAACGCUGACAAACUGGACUGUCACUAUUCAGGUUAUCACCCUCGGCCGGCAGCUUACUGCACAUUUGGAAGUCGACUAUUUGGCAGAGGCUGUUACUCCUUUGACCGGCGGUGGGACAGAGUGCGAUGUACCCUAACCACAAUGACGGACAAGCAUGUCAACUCUCAGAUGUGGAAGAAAAUCCCGUUGGCCUUGGAGAACUCCUCCUCCGUUGCAUCUACGCAUAGGACAAGCACAAAUUCCCAUGGUAGCACUCCCUCUUCAGGCUUCCUGGCCCCCCCUGCGACCCUGUCCCAGACUCCUUAUAGCCAAUCCUACGAGGGUAAAUCCAUGCUCUCCUAUGGGACCACCUUGAAUGCCCGCAGCUCCCCUCAGGGCGGGGCUGAGCACCCGGCCUACGGCAUAACGCAGGCCCGACAAGUGUCUUCGUUGCCGCAGAUGCCUUCAGUCCACUCGUCGUCAUCCUCUUCAGCUCCUUCCCUAGCCUCAGGCCGGGCACUCAAGUCUCGCUCCUCCAGCAGCAGCACUACCAAGUCGUCAUCGUCCUUCAAGCCAAAAGAGGUCACCUCUGGCUCUUCCACCCCUGUCAUCCCCAACUCCACUGGUGGGGGUAACAGCGGAGCCAAUAGUAACAGUAGCAGCACUAGCUUCAGCUCGGGGAAGAAAAGAAAGAACAGUUCUAUUCUGUCUUCAUCCCACGGCCCCCCUGAUUCCUCGUCUUCUAAUGCCAACUCUUCUUUCUCCUCCUCGUCUUUUAAGAAGAACUGUGCAAAUGUCGGCAGCUCAGGGAGCACUUACCACCAUGGCUCAUUAGGUCCUACAUCCUCAUCGUCGUUAUGCUCCUCCCACAGUGGAGUCCACAGUGUGGGGCUGAAUUGUGGCCCCACCGUGCGGACCAACUCACUCAGCCUCAAAGCCGAGCCCUCUGGAGGGUCAGCAGGCGGCUCCUCAGGACCGUCAGCCAGGGGUCCUCCAUCAGGCAGCCCUGCGGAGUCCAUUAAGCGUAUGAGUGUGGUGAUGAACAGCAGCGACUCCACACUUUCCCUAGGGCCCUUCAUUCACCACCAGUCCUCAUCUGACCACCACACCAGCUUCAGCCACCACCCCUCAGACGGGCGCUUGGAAGGAAAAAAGCGCAAAAGCUCUCCUGCAUCCACUGGCAUUACUAGUGGAGGUGUAGGAGGAGGGGGGCCGGGGAUGGGACCAGGAGCGGGAACAGGUAGACCCAAAGUGGCCAAGUCACCUGCCAUUAACAACAUCCAUGGGAAGCAUGGGCGGAGCAUUUCAGGGACGCCAGGGCUACCCAACAACUCCCAUUUACAUCAGCCAAAGGCUCGUCCCUGACAGUGGUGUCCGGCUUCUGGGUAUAGAAGCGGUAGGCGGACAGGGAAUAGUCCGGAGCAGCCCACUAACUGCUCCUGACUGCACGAGGCCUUCUUAAGUCAAACCCACAUUACUCUCAGCUUCCCACAAUCCUCAGGGUGGAGAUGAUCUGGACUGCCCAGUGAAGUCAAUGUGGUCCUUACUAUUUCUCCCAAAGCCAUGUGUGUGUAUGUGUGAGUGUGUGUGUUUGUGUAAGAGAGGGGAAGUGGUACCGUUUGGGGAAUGCGUGGAGUGCCAGGGGUUCUAAUGAGCUUGUCAAGGACCCCCCCAUGCAAGUGUCACCCCUGUUCUCUGAGAGGUCUUCCGGUCUGGUUCGAGGAAGGAGGAACAUUAGCAACAGCAAUGGGUCUCUUGCUCAUUGGGUUCAGGUUAAGGGCUGCAGCAACAAGCCGUCACAACUCUGAGCAACUAGGAAGGCAACAUGCUGAUCUCCUCUGCAUUUGUAAGAAUGACUGUGUGAAUGUGUGUGCGUGUUAAAGUAUUUUCGUCAUGUCAAAUUCUGCUGGACUACUGGAAUUUCCGACUUAAUUACACCCCCAGCGCCUGAUCUCAGAAGCCUUGGAUUGGAUUGCAGGAGGAGCAGCAAACUGUUACUUUCAACACCUUAAACAACACACAAUCACCUUGUUGUUUCACUUUCUUUUGGUUCAACUCUCUGGUGACAUGUUGAGAAACCUCGGGUCACACGCAGGAGCCUCAGAGAAGCCCCUUAGGACGAUCUGGUCUGGUUUUAUUAUCCAGAAUAAUUAUGCAAGUGUUACCUUUAUAUGAUUUCUUAUGAGCUUUUUACACUGAACUACAAAGAGUCUUUGUAGGCGUGGUGGAGAGAGUUGAGCUUUCAAAUGUGAAUAGGACGCCUGAUGUGCCCAUUCGAUUGAAUCUUUUGUCAGCUUGGUCUUUAGGACACCUGUUAAUUUUCUGAAUCUUUCCAUUGUGCAAAAUGACAGCAACAGUAGACCUACCCUCAACUGUGAACAGCACUAAAGAACUACUUUCUCCACAGGCACUGCUCAGUUGUCUUCAGAGCUAGCCAACAGCUGCUACCAGCUUUGCCAACUACUUUCUUUUUUUUUUUUUCAACUAAAAGGUGGGCAUCAUGCUCAUGAAGCGGUGAUGUUGCAUUGCCUGUGUGGAUAUGAAGAAAAAUCUGUGCAAACCGUAUUAUUAGCCACAAAUGACCUACUUUUUACCCCGCACAGCUGUAUGAACGCGCACAGCAGCUGUGGGCAGAUGUGAAUUGUAAUUUUUUUUUUUUUUCCUACGUAGGGAAUCAGGUAUGGUACGUCUUAACUGGAGCAAACUUUAUGCACGUCACCUGUCUUCUGUGGUUUCGAUUGUCCCUCCUGUGUGUAACCACUACCCCAGCUCUGGAUGUUAAAACGUUGGAUGCCUCACCAAAACACUAAGUUAUGUGUGUGUGUGUUCAGAAAACAUUUGUUGCAGAACAUGGCCAGGCAUUUUUACUCUAUUCCUUUGUCAAAAUGGAGUCUUAAAUCAGGCAAUACUUGCCCAUCUCACUGGGACGUUUGCUUCUUUUGAGAGGUCUUGUGUGGGUUUUAUGGUGCAAGAUUCAUAGAGAUGGCUUCACGGGACAUAUUUCAACUUUUGGCAACAACGUUUUCUGUAUGAAAGCUUCACUGAUGUCAGAUAGUAAGAAGUGGAGUUGAUUUUUUUUUUUUUUAAAGCAUCAUUUAGCUUAUAUCUUCUAGCCUAUGUAUCAAACACGUAUUGAAGUCUCCCUAUUUGAGAAUACAUAUUUUGUUAACAAUUGUACAUAGAGAAAUAUGUAUUUUUGCAAAGGCAUUUUUCGUACAAGCUGAAUAUUUGGUACAGAUUUUAAAAAAGUCAUUAUUUAUUUAGUAAAAGGAAAAAGAAAAAAAAGAUGGAAAGUCAAGAGUGGUUCACUGCCAAGUCUAUAUAAUGCAAUACACCGAUAUGUAGAAGGUGAAGCGUCUCAUGAAUCGUGUACUGAAAACCUUUAGAGGAAAAAGUGUUGCCACUGUAGCAUGUGUCGGUCUGACAAAGGAAACCUUUAUUCACGUUUCAAGGUCUCAAUCACAUGUGCUUUUACAAGACGUUUUAUGUUGCCUCUGAAUCAACACAACAAAAAGCUACAUUAUGACCCAAUAUAGUCUGUGAUUUAGAAAUGUCCUGUAGGCUUGAAGCUGCUCUUUGUCUAGCUAGUUUCCAUGGGACUCCUCAGUCACACACUUUGGAAACCUGAAUCUCAUUUCAUGAUUGAAACAUUUGUGUUCUAUAGAAAUGUAGAAGGGGCUUCAGCAAUCAUUGCAAAUAAGAGGAACACUUCAAACAGUCCGCCUGUUUGUGUUAUUGUUGCCAAACAUACAAUUUGAAUCACAGCUUUGAAAAGAAAUAUCAAAUUAAGAAAGUGCCUAAAUUAGUUUCACCCUGACUGUUUGAGGACAGUAUUCUUUGGGUUGUUUUACCUUACUUGAAUGUUCAAUGUGUUUAGGAGUUUGCUUUUAAAUCUGCCUAUGAACCCUAAAUGUGGUAAAAACCUGAGCUUGUCAGCUGCCCGUUAUGAAAGACUUUAGUAUUGUGUGUUUUUUUCUUCAUUUGGGUUGGGGGGGGGGGGGGGGAGACGGGGGGGGUUAUCCAAGUUUUCCAGACAAGACGUCAAGAUCUAUUGUCAGCCUCAGUGUAUGGCCUAAGGCCUCCCCUGGUUUACUGGGAUAUUUGUACACAACAUAAACUUCAAUCAAGUGUUUUUGUUUACCCUCAAACUCAACGGAUAUCCUGCAACCGUUUCAUGUGAACAGAAACCUUGUGAGGAUGUUUGAAUGAUUAGCACCAUAGACUUGGAAUGUGAAAGAAAGAAUACAGCUCGUGUUUGGGAGGAAAACAGAAAUCCACCAUUCAUACUAUGUACAAGUGUGUAUAGGUUUCUUUUGUAUCCAUUAUCAGAAUCAUUUUCAGCUGGACUUAUGUAUUGGCUGCUAUGUAAUUCAUGAACAAAACAUAGGUUAGAAUUAAUAUUUAAAGAAAAAAGAUUGUAUAGUAUAUUUGUUUUGUAACAAGUUUCUGUAAAUAAAAUAAUUUAUACUGCUAUUU